CCUCCGCGGCCACGUGAGCACAAACUUUAUGCCCCUUAGCGGAAGUGACGUCAGGGAAGCGAUGGCGGCCCGUGCUGCUCUACCGUAUUGGCUUUAAACUGUUCUCAGAGGUGAGGGAUUGUACGCGUUUUCUUUUCGCUUUCUCAACGGUCCUCCGGAAGAGGAUAGUGCUUUUAAUGCCGCGGCAGAGGGACAGACGCGCUUCUCUCGGCUUUCGGCAGAACGGAGACAUUUGUUCGACACUCCGCUCGAUUUGACCAUCUUAGCCAACGAGCAUUUGAAGACUUCCCAGAGCCGGGCAGAGAAACUACCUCCCUACAGAGAAAGACAUUCACCAAGUGAUAUUUUACACUCGCACUUUUUUUUUUAAAUCGCUGCACUUUUUGCGCCCUCCAUGCGUUGAUUUGAAUCAUAUCAAGAGGCGCGAGGCGCAUCGGGACGCUCCGGUGUGAAGUUGUGAAUGGUUGGCAGGGUCUUAUUUCCACAGGUGUGUUGUAUUGCUCUUGUCGGCGGUGUAAAUCACACCUCACGGACUCUGGUGGUAUGGUUGACAUGCUAAAGACGCGCCAGUGUCUGCUCGGUGUGCGCACUUUCCUCGGCGUGACCUCCAGGUUAUGGAGCUUCUUCUUAUACAUCCUCAGGAAGCACAUACGGACGAUAAUCCAGUAUCAAACAGUGCGAUAUGACAUCUUACCAUUGUCACCCAUUUCCAGAAACAGACUCAACACCGUGAAGCGAAAGAUCUUAGUUUUAGAUCUCGACGAGACGUUGAUCCACUCGCAUCACGAUGGCGUUCUCAGACCUACAGUACGGCCUGGUACACCGCCAGACUUCAUCCUCAAAGUGGUAAUAGACAAACACCCGGUCAGAUUCUUUGUGCAUAAAAGGCCGCAUGUGGACUUCUUCCUGGAGGUGGUCAGUCAGUGGUAUGAGUUGGUAGUGUUCACUGCUAGUAUGGAGAUCUAUGGGUCUGCAGUAGCUGAUAAGCUGGAUAACAACAAGGGAAUCCUGAAAAGAAGAUACUAUAGACAGCACUGUACGCUGGAUUCAGGUAGUUAUAUUAAAGACCUGUCUGUUGUACAUGAUGACUUAUCAAGUAUAGUCAUUCUUGACAACUCGCCGGGAGCAUAUCGCAGUCAUCCAGAUAAUGCAAUACCUAUAAAGUCAUGGUUUAGUGACCCAAGCGACACAGCACUUCUUAACCUGCUUCCCAUGCUGGAUGCACUUAGAUUCACGGGAGACGUACGAUCCGUCCUGAGCAGGAAUCUCCACCAGCAUCGACUCUGAUGAUCGUCCGAUCGAGGGCUUUCCUCAAGUCCGCUCUUCUUUUAAUUUUUUAUUUUCCAACCGCUUCCCUAUUUGACAUCUGCCUGUCCGUUCUCCCUCGACUCUUCACCUCUCAGAAACGGCCUCACGUGAGGGCCGUAGGGAGGAGAGUCUGUCCCGAACUCAAAGGGGACGGAAAAGGCAAACUUUUUGGGAAGCUUUUUUCCCCGACGUUUUUUAUUCUUUUCCCUUCUUCGAAAUGGAGUCUCUGCCUUACAGCUCUACCUAUGCUGAUAGAGUGUGUGAGUUCUGUUUUGUGGGAUGUGUGUAUGGAGACAUCUGCUGUUUUUCGUUUUAAAUAUUUGAAGAUAUUUGAGGCAAGAAAAACAGUCCUUUUCAUGACUUGCGUCUUGGGACGUCAUACCUCACUUCUAAAGGUGGUGCGACUGGAGAUCUGCUAAACGGAUUGGCUCAGAACUGGCCACCAACACUCUGCACAUCGAAUAGAGUUCACUGGAAAACUGUUGAUAAUACGGAUUAUGACAGACUGGUAGAUUUCAGGGUUAUCGUGGUAGAGUUGUAUAUGCUGUUAUUGAGGUACUGUCUUGGAAGACUUGGGGUUUUAAUGACUUCUGUAUGGUAGGCCUGUUCAAAUUCGGAUCAUGGAGAUAAAUUCUGUGGCAGAUUCUUAAGUUUUAUUAGUUCUCAUCCUAUUUUAUUCUUGGCAGUAAAUUAAUUUGUCAUGAUUAUCAGGGAGGAUGUAAUAGAAAAUGAGCUUUGAAGAAGCUGAAUGACAGAUUUUAAGCCUUUCUGCUCUAAUUCUUCUCUACAGAAUGUAUGUGGUUGGUUAUGAAAUCCUACCACUUGGACGCCUUUUUACAAAUGUGUUUUUUUUUUUUUUCUUUCUUGAAAAUGUAAUAAUGGCAAGACUUGAAUUUAUAAAACUUCAUUGUAUUGAAGAGCUGACUGAGCAACAGACACCUUUUUUUACUCAAGGCCUUGUUGGUUUCUCUGUGCGCCUGUCAGAUAAUGUCAGUUCAGUUCUCAUCAAUCUAACACUUGCGAAGUCUCAAGGCAGCUUCCUGGGACACAAGUCCAUAGACCUGUGCACGUUACUAAUAAAAACGUGUCACUAUCCUAUACUAUGGGUUCAGUUUUCUUUUACGAUCUUUUAAAAGUUUAAGGGACCAGUUGCAGGAAACCAUUUCUAAUGCAAAAUAUUCUUUAGGCAACACACAAUUUCUUUC